UCAUCCGAAGGACCGCCCCAUUACAACAAGCAAAAGGUACUGAGAACCUAUUUCCAUUCGGCUCGGGACCAAGAGAUUCGCCAUUGAAAGAGUGUCGAUACAAUCACAAUAAAAUUCAUCUGAAAUAACAGAGAACUUGUAUCAUUUAUCUGAGGUGCUUUAAGUUGCCAUUGAAUAAACUUUUUGUGUAAUGAGCCACCCUAAUCAUUAUGUCGCAAUCUACUUGGAAGAAAAAUCCGGAAUUAUGACUUUCGGUCUAAUCGAUUAAUUAUUUAGAAUACAUACACAUAAAAUGAUGACGUAACAUUCGUCUGCAAGAAGUAGGACAAGUGGCAGGUUUCAAAAACAAAAAUAAUGUCAACUCCGCCCCGUAAAAAAAGAGGCCAUGCAGAUUCUGAUCAAAAACCAUGUCCUAAUGUAAUGCAAAAAGACGAACAAAAGCGGAUAUCUUCAGAUAGAUCCGAACAUUGUAUAAUAAUUCCGAGUGGUGACAUGAAGUUAAUAGACUCGCCAUUCAUUCAGAAGUCAAAACGAAGAAGGUACGAGCUCCCUUACAAAUAUCCUCCGUAUUCGGAAUAUCAGGCACGGCCCAGACCUCCAAAACCGAACCCAGUUAAAAGGCCUCCGCCACCCCGUCCCUUCAUUCGCACAUAUCCGACGUACAAAGAGCGGAUCCAAAUGAUGGAGCGAGGAUUGUAUUACAAACAGGCACCACCACACAUAGGCGUGUUCAAACGCAGUGAAGACAAUCCAGAUCUGCUUAUUGUGGACGAAACUGGUCAAACCACAGUAAAUUUUCCAAACAUCGAUAAGCAGAGUGUGUUUGCAAGUAGUUACAGCUUUGGACCACCCGUUUCUGGACUGAAUGGGAAUAGCUAUUUCCAUCCAAGAAUCAUUGGAGCUGGACCUCACUAUGCCGAGUUUAAACUUGCAUCAUCUUCGGUGAACUUGAUACCCCAGAUGCAUCCCCAACAGCUUCAAAGAUUUCAAUACCCUUAUCUUACCAAUGUUCACAGUUCCUAUUAUCAGGCUCCUGGUCAUUUGUACCAACAAUCCGUUCCCUGUCCAACGUCCCGAUCACUCUAUUCGAAAAUGAACUGUUCACCUGUAACAACAGGCUCCAUAACCGUUCGCUACGAACCGCUGCUACCAGAGUCGUUUGAAAACAUUGAAAUAUUGGAUGACGAAUACCUAGAACACGAUCCUUUUCUGAACAUUGAUUUGAAUGACAACGAACUUCAGAUGGACGGAGACGAGGUGGAAUUUGAUAUGAUGGGCUUAGAUUCUGAACAGAAUGUAAAGGAAGAAGAAAUGUGCGAUGAUUUGGACGACAUAAACCCAACCAUUGCUCCAUUUGAAGGCAUCGACCAAUAUCUGUCUUUGGAGGGACAACCUUACGUCAUGAUACCAGUAGACAUGGAUGUUGCCAAAAAGUUGGGAUGGCCAAUCCAUAUGCUGCCUACAAUGCCAAAGUGGUUGUCCAAGAUGAUAGAUAAUGAAGUAACUUCCACUGAUGAUUCUAGUACAGAAUUUCUCAUGGAUAUUCCAAAAGUGGAUUCCAGCACAACUCAAACACAAGACAAUGACAUAUUGGAUGUGUUGAAUUCUAGCAAAGAACCUAAGGUCACUAAAGAUACUGACAUACCAGAAUUGGAGAGAGAGGAAAAGACAGAAAUGAUCGAUUGUUCCGACGUCAAUAGCGAUCUUGAAAUUUCUCGAGAUAGUACAGAUACUAAAGAUGAAAAAGGUAAUAAUGUGAAUCUCAAUGAAUCAAAAAAUCUACCAGUGAGUUUAGAAGACCAGAUGCCGACAGCCACUGGGGAAAGAAUAGAAUGUGGUGGUGAAAACAAAACACAUUUUAUAUCAACGAUCCCUGAUGAGCGAGGAGACCAAGGAAGACCCAUCUUUACCAGCACUCCAAUCCAAAGUCCUCUCCAAACUGAAUUUAAUUUGAAAGAGACUGAGGGUGAAUCAUCUACAAAAAAUUCGCAAUUGAACUUUCGUCAGUCAUCAACCUGUUCUCCUGUUAAAACUGUGAGUCUAGACGAUCAUCGCAGGAGUGAAAGAAAUUAUGAAGUACAUCAUUUUAAAGAACUUAUUCGACAAGAGAAAAACUUCAGCAACAACAGUGAAAAAUAUUUAACCAGUUGCAAUAAUACUAGAAAGCCUUCCGUCAUUCUUGAAAGCCUUCUUGAAAAUUCUGACACUGAAAUGGACGAGACCAAUGACUUUACAAAACAUGCAUCUAUGAAAGGAAACGGAGAUGUAUAUGUAACAAUGAUGUUGGGUAAAACAUCAGACGAGAAUCAUUGAAGAACAGAAUUGUUUUUUUGUCGAUUUUGGAUAUAAUUUUGAGCUGUGAUAGAAAAAUUAAAUAAGUGGCAUAGCAAAUUCAA